AUGGACGGCUCAUACCAAAACCCCUAUCACAGGGCCAAUAGCCCCAUGAGCCCGGAAACGCCAACGAGCGCCCCGUAUCGCGCCAACGUCAACCGAACCAAGACAAGGAAAUGGGUAGAGGCAAAGACGCAGAAUUAUGACGGUGACGACUGGGGAGCCGACGAUUUCGACGAGCAAACCGAGCCUGUGCCUGUGCCGCCCUUGCGACCCACCGGUUCACGUCAGACCAGCUUGUCCAGCCAGACAUGGAAUCAGCCUCCGCCGAUGCCUCAAGUAGGCCAUCGAUAUGCAUCUGGUCCUCAGCCUAGCCUGCACAUUCAAACGCAGCCGGUUCAGGUGCCAUCGCAGUUGUCGCAGUCGCAAGCGGAACAGCAGCAGCCUCGCGAAAUGACAGCAGCACCCGAAAUCAAGUCCCCAGUGGGCCCCGAGCCUUCUUCGUCAGUCUAUAGUCAGGGCACAGGGCAGGUCGUUUCGCCUCAGUCCGCCAGCUCUGGGGCUGUCACUGCGCCCGUCACCGUGUCAGAGCCCUCGAGGUUUCCUCCGCGCAAGAGCAGUGUCAGUCAGGGCGAGCCCCUGGCAGCCCAGCAGCAGACGACCCUACCCUCGAGUGUCUUCCGCCGUUCAGAAGAGGAUACCACUGCAGGUAGUUCGCAGUCAUCCCAUACUGCUGGCAAGAACGCUGAGGAGUCUGUCGCAUCUCCUCCUGGGCGCUCGAUUGCUCAUAAUGAAGGCAUAACUCCGGCCCACACCAGUCUAGGCGGCACCUCCCGCGCUGGAACGCCUCAGGAUACUGUUCAGGGGGGCAGGAGCGACGACGGAUUUGACCGGACACCUUCCCCCUCAAAGCUUGACCAAGGACAGACGCAACAGGCAUCAGUGCUGGGAUCAGCACCUGCUCCCGUUGAGCAGCCUCAGCCUACCGAGCGUUUCAGUACUGCAGUCAUCGCUGAGCCGCAAGCUAUUCUUCCCUCCCGCCGAUACGAGGCCUCUUCACCGACUUCAACCGUCGAGCAAGCAAGCAGUAACGUCGUAAGGGCCCAGGAAGAGCCUCGACGAUUUUCCACGAGCCCUCAGCUUCCAGAUUUGGCGCGCAUGUCCAUGUUCGGCGACGAUUUCUUCGCGAAACCACCUCUAACCUCGAAUGCGCCCCCGGUCCCCACGCUUCCAGAGGAAAGCGAGCCUUCCCCUCAACUCUCUUUACCGUCACAAACCUUGCCUGCAAUGAAUCGGUCGACCACACCACCGAGGACUGAUACGACCACGAUCCUGAGCACUGAUCAGACCGAACCGCCAACUCAGCCAACUCAUGAUAUUUCGCCCAAGCCAGAUGAAAGGACAGCCGAGGCGGCGCCGACUUCGAAUGUGACAGAAUCCCCAACUGGUGACAUUGAAAGUCGCGAGCCUUCCCGCCCCGAGCGCGCUGAACAAAAACGCCCAUCAUUUCCUGGUGGCUGGGUCACCGAGACUGCAACCCCAGCGGCGGAAACUGAGCCCGCAGCGAAUCCCAUCGAAAGUGCCCGGACUGAACAGUCAAACAUGCCAGCAGUUUCCGACGAUGGGAGCGGCUCUCUUGCGGCCUUCGAGCCCGGUCCUUUGAAGGGGCUUCAAUCCACUUCAGGUCCUGGGUCAGUGACAGCCUCCGAUGAUCACGUACAGCGCGCUGCUAGCCCCGUUGCAUCUCUUUCGGUCUCCCCCGCACCUGAGGGACAGUCAUCCACGCUGGCCGCUCUGCAAACUCGAUCUGUCGAUGACCCACCUGAGAAGUUUGCUGCCCCUGAGCGACAGUCCACCCUGAGCACGAUCAACUCUCCCUCGCCGAUCAAGGAGAGCGAUAAAUUGAGGGAGGAGAUCAUUCGAACUUUAAGCCCAGUCCGUCCGACGCAUGAUAAUGAUGCGACAGGAGACAGCAAAGGAGGCCUCUCAGUGUUGCCCAGCCAGGCCGGUCGGGAAAGUACUUAUCUUCAUGGCGUUUACGACGAUUACUGGUCUGGGCCCGAGGACAGACCAUCUCACAGCAAACAGGAUGAUACUGAUCCUGCUCCUGCGAUUCCAGCCACAGAUGGGACCAUGCUCUCGUCACCGCGCGAUGUGUCUGAUAUUCCACCUUUGAGCCCCCGUAGUCCUCGACGAGAGCCCGUUGAUGUACCCGCUGUGGUUCCUGAAGUCAAUCUGCUCCCACGUCGAUUCUCCUGGGAGGCUGGCAACGAGGAUCAACCGCAGUCUGCGGAGCAAAGCAGCGCUGUUGCCUCGGCCCCGCAGUUCGCCGUCAAUGUCAGCAGCGGCCCGUCUUCUCAACAUUCUCAGCCUCUCGCGGCCUCCAUUGGGGAUCCCGAGGAGCCAACAAAUGAUGACGACAAGCCACCAUCCAGUGCGGCGGACGAGCUUCCUUCGAGGCUGGCAGACAAGUCACAGAUUGGUAUCUUGGACAAUACGGCUCUAGUAUCGCAUCAAGUCUCUCAAGUCAGCACUCUUCCCAGGGAAAAGCAGGAUUCGGCCGGCCCUGAGCCACCGUCUCCAAUUUCAGCAGCGUCCGACAAACCGCCGCCUUUCAAGGAAGAAGCAGAACCCAAGACGAGACGCUUAUCGCUGGCAGACGAGAAGCGCCUGCAGGUCUCCACGUCGGACCAGACCUCUCCGCUCCCUUCCCCUGGAGGUCAUCCCGCGUUAGCAGAGCCCACCGUAGCAGCGGGCCCCGAGACAGAAGGUUCACCGACGCAGCACCAUAUUCCAGCGCAGUCGACACAGCCGGCGCAAAAGAUACUAUCAUUUAGGGAGAUUCUUGACUUACCAAGCCCCGCCGACAGAAUCGCCAAGUACAAUGAGACGCGAGCGCAGUUUGCUUCGAUGGACUCGGGUCUCAACAAUUGGAUUGUUAGUCUGCAGUCACAGCAUGCGGAGCACGGUGCUGCCUCCCCCUCGUACCACACGUUCGUCACUGCGGCACCUCCAGGCAGUGCAUCGGUACAGCGAUCGCCGACCAACGCACCAUCGGCGUCGCAGCAGCCUUACUAUCAGCAGUAUUUGAAUGCCAGCUCGCCGAACGCGACUCCAGGUGCUCCUGGCCGGCCAUCCACGAGCAACAUGGGGACAGCGGCUUCACAUUCUCCUUCCAGCGAUUUCAAGCACUCAAGUGGUCAAGUUGGGGCGAAGGGCAAGGAGCUUCUGCUCGGGGCGGCCAAGGCGGGCAAGGGACUGCUGAGCAAGGGCAAGAACAAGCUUCGCGGCGGCGACAAGAACGAAGAGUCCUCCUCCUCCUCAUCGCCGCCUCCGCCUCAAUCCAAAGCCAGAAAUGAUCGCCGCGCCUCAUGGGGUCUUAGUCUUGGACCACGAUCCUCGGGUCUGAAGGGCGACGCCGACCCACAAUCCAACUCACCCCAGCCUAGGCGCCUUUCGACUGUCUCGAGCUCGGCCCCUAAGAUUCCUCAACCUUUGCGCUUGUCUCCCUUGGACACAUUCCCAAACUCAACUGGAGUUCCGUGGGCUGCUUCGCAACCACGGCCGCGCACUCCCCCGAACGAAGUCAAUGCGCAAGGAGACUGCCAACCAGAAUUGGUGUCGCCGGUGUCGGAUACACACUCCAUGCGUAAGGCGCAACAUGGCGAUAACACCAACGAUGAAUAUUAUGCAGCCGACAGCGUACAGAUCCCACAGCCUAUCAGUAAAACGCAGCCCUCGUGGGAUCCGACCAAUGCGACGCCUUUGUUUGAAGAGAAUGACUUCGACCUCGGCCAUGCACAGCCUUCAGAUAUCCCGAACGGCCGUUCUGUUGCUCCUGCUGACAAUCGUGAUGACGACUGGGUCGUGGUAGAGCCGCAGGCUCCUGGCGAGCCAUAUCGCAUGGUGCCGUCCGGGGUGAGCAAGCAGCCUGCCUCUGGCCCAACGACGACACCAAGAGCGACAUCAUCAGAGGUUCCUCGGAGCAAUGCCACCCACACUCAACAAGCUCCGCCCGAGACCUCGCCACAACGCAACUCCUCUUUCGUUGGGCUGCCUCCUAUCAGACGAAGCUCCACCUUUGGCAUCAAUUAUGCACGCAGAGCAAAGGAACGCUUCUCGCUUGAUGAAGACGAGAUGGAUAAUUUCUCGAGGACAUCCACCCUCGAUGCCAACGCUGGCCCCAGCACACUGUCGUCGCAGCAGCAGCAGUAUAACAGUGCUGUCGCCCAACAGAGUGGCGACCUUCCAACUGGAACUGGGGCCCAGACCCGUGAUUCUCAGCAGGGGCUUGCAGGAGACACACUGGGCGCCUCCAGUCUUGGCCGCACCGCUUCCUAUGCUUCAUCUGAGGUUGAUGUCGGUGAUGAUCCGGAGAAACCGCCCGUGGCAGAACCUGCGCCGUAUCAAAAUCGGAGGACAGCGCCAAUGCAACACCAGAACAUACGGUCCCCGCCUGGUGUUCUCGGUCAAAACAUAUCUGGCGGUAAUCCUGUCCAGCAUCUUCCACCGCAAGGGCCUUGGAAACUUGAGGAGUCACACUUGUCUGAACCUCUGCUUCCAGCUAGCCGAAGCCGCCAUGCUCCUGAUACCAGCCAGUCGUAUUUCGGCUUUGACAAGGAGAUUGGUGUCACGAAUCCGGUUCCGGCUCAGCAACGCUCAGCUGUACAAAUGCCUCCUCGUCAAAAGUUUUCAGAGACGCCGCCUUCAUCUGCCCGUCGUUAUCCGGAGCUCUUCUCUCGGGCAGCCGGGCAGCAGCAGCAGCCCCCACAGCAACAGCUGCAACAACAACAACAACAACAACAACCACAGCAGCAACAGCAGCAGCAGUCGCAAAAGCACUUGGAUCAAACCAUGUCGCGGACAUCGCAGGAUCUACCGCCCCAGGUAUACCAGCAGCAGCCACCGAGUCGGGAAGAUGUCAUGUUGCAACGAAGUAAUACAUCCGAAUUCCAGGUCCCGGGUGUUGGUCCGCCACCUGAAGACCACCGUGGCCGAGAAAGAAGGGGUUCGGGCAUCUUCAAGGAGAUUGGUGGCCGGUUCAGGACUGCCUCUCGCGAGCGUAAAGGCUCCGUCAUCGAAGGCAGUGGUUUCGCACAGCAACCUGGUGUUGAUGUGCAAGGAGAUGAGGUUUCGGAGUCAAGCUUUGAUACGCAGGAGCUUCGUGAGCGGAAGAAAAAGCGCCGGUCUAGCUUCUUCCUAAGCCUCAGGGGCUCCAAGCCUGCUGGCAGCGACGGUCCGCCAGGCGCCAGCGGAGAUGACACGGCGAACUCGUCGGAUGUUGCUGAACAACCCCAGACGCAUACUCAGCUCCAACAACAAUUUGCUGAUCAACGCAAGAGGUCAUUCUUUGGAAGCACGCCUGGUAGUGGACUGGGACUUCCGAGUCUGUCACGGACCUCGACGUCAAGCAAUGUGCACGAGACUGAGGGUAGUUUGCACAGCCAUCAAUCGCCCAAAAAGCGACUGUCUACGUUGACGGGCAAAUUCUUUCACCGAUCUUCGGGUCAAGUUGAGGAGCCGCCCAAGCCAAUGACUGCGCAGUCCACAACUCCUUCUCUUCAGAGCCGUCUCUCGGGUCUUCCCAAUACUCAACCCGGAGUUCCCAGCCCACUUGCCGACCACCGGAGGGAGAGAAGCGACACAACUACUUCAAGGCCUCCUACUGACCAUGAACCCCAAUAUCAGGACCAAGGUGACGCACAUGACGUGAAGCAUGCAGACCGUGGCCGUAGAGCGUCCGCGGGCAACUUUUUGGCUGGCCUCUUGGGCAACAGAACUUCAUCCAAGCCUCGUGAGGCUCACCCCCAGCCUGAGAGGCUGCCGCAAGAUCAACCGCAGCAAUUUCAUUUUCAACGACAGCCACAAGCUCAGGCGGGCCAGGGUGGCUAUCAACCUUCUCCGCAACCCGUCUUUCAACCAGGGACGGGCGACGCACAACACGUCAACAGCCAGUCUCCUCCGCCUUUCCGCACCCAGGGACCUCCUGUCCACCCCGUUGCGGGUGUUGCUAGUCCCGAGCAACGUGGGCAGAGCAGUUUUCCUGGCCCUCAAAAGGCCCCCGACAACACUCGAGUGUCUGUUCAGCAGGUGAAUAGUGACACAGAUGAGGCAGGGUCAGACACUGAACAGACUGAACAUUCAAACGUUGCCACGGCAGCCACCUUGCAGGCAAAGCCAAGUGAAGAUUUGCCCCAGCCGCAAGUCCACACUCGGCCAGUUCCUGAUGUAGGCUCCCAACCACUUGGACUACCAACCGCGACUGGAAUGAGCAACGAGGUCAGCCCAAACGCUUCGCCUGACUUUUCGUCGGUCAACCACCAGACCCAUCUCGAUUUUGGCGCGGGAACCGAACGAAUGCCUUUCAGCCCUGACCAUGUUCAACACGUUCAGCGCAUCGAGACACAGCAGACCCCUCGGGGCCAAUCUGGCACUAAUCUUGAGACUCUGGGCCAGCUGCCUGCGCGAUCCAUCCAGAAGCAGUCUUCUGGGGCCGAUUUGCUGCCGCCAAGAGAACAGUUCUCUUCUUCACCUCGGCUGAGUAACGGCUAUCAACCACCCCCAUCCGAAACAUCGCUCCAGGAUCGACGAGUAUCACACCUCUCUAUGGGAUCAUUUCAAGAGCCCUCGACUCAUUCAAGUCCCAAUUUGUCCUCCCAGGUUGAUCCUCGAGUGCAGCGACCUGUUUCCAUUUCGCCCGUUCCUCAGGGGCUGCAUCAGCCGCCCGGAACGUCUAUUCACGCUCGCGCGUCGGCACCAUUGCUCACGACACAGACGACGGCCCAUAAUGGAUUCCAUCAUGGAUACGGCCCUUCGCAGGCACCCGGGCAAAGCUUUGGACCGGGCCUUGCGUUUUCGAACUCUCAGGAACCCCCAGAGAGCCGUCGCUCAAGAUGGCUCAUGGGGAAGUCGUCACAGCAACCCGUGCAGACGUCACAGCCGAAGCCUGAGAAGGAGAAGUCGGCAAAGUCCAUAUUUAACGCUUUCAAGCGCUCCUCGAAGCUCCCUCCUGCCAACCAGGCUCAGCCCGAUCUCGCUGCUUAUCGAACGAAUUCUCAUCAGCUACAUCAGCAGACGAUGCAGGGUCGGCCGCUGAUUUCCGAACCGGGUCCGCAACAGACUUCGCAACAGUCAUUCUCGCAGCGACAGCACCAGGAAGCCCAAGCCCAUGGCCAGCCUCAGCAGCUCCUACAUGGUCCAGCAAAUCAUCUCGCACAAGGCCAGGCACCUCCGCUGAGCCACCCUCAACCUACAAAUGGGCAUGCACAGAUGGGCCCGCAUCAUCUUUAUCAGCAGCAGCGAAUAUCGCCGGCCACUGUGCCAGUGCCUGGGCAUAUCGAUCCACGUCAUAACUCGUUCAACAGCCCUCAUCAACCACAUGGGCGAUCGCCAGAGUUGGAUCAGCGAGGUGCUCGCAGCCCACCGCAGCCAGCCCAGUCCGGCGGAUACGACACAACGACUACACAUGAGGAACAUGGCCGAAUGGGCCAGGGCUUAGGGGGCCCACGGUUCAGGCAGAAUGCAUCUGCAGACCAGUAUCCAGCUCCUAUCCACCAAUUGGCGCACAAUCAACAGCAGCAGCAGCAGCAGCAGCAGCAGCAGCAGCGGAGCUUGAUAGAACCUCAGUAUGAUCAAGUUCCUAUUCCUCGGGGUUACGAGGCCGUUCACGGGGAGGGCAGCAUCGAACCUUCACCCUACUUGUACGGACGCAGAGUGUCCGGGGGGUUCCAACAACCUUCAUUCGAACAGCAGCCGAGUAACAAUACCGUAGACCGCAGACAAUUCUCGGCAGAACAGCUCUAUCGUCCCUACAGUCACACGCAACAGGUCCAGCCAGCCCUGCAAUAUGGUGUCUCACCUCCCCUGGGCCAGCAGGCUAGCCUCCGCGACAGCAUAGCCUCGGGUAGUUCCAGUCAAAACCUGCCUCGCGCCGGACAUCCUGCAACGCACUCUGGACCACCUGUUGGCCUCGGCCUCGAUCGACAGCAGGCUGGGUACGGAGGGCAGAAUGUGCAGUAUGAUGGUAGGGACAACCAACGCCGAGAGAGCCACCAGCUUGUGCAGCAGCAGCGACAGCCCUAUUUACGGCACGAUGAGGCCGCCAAGCCUUCGCAUUCCACAAACUUUGCAGGACAAGGAAUUGCUGCCAACAGCAUUGCGAUCGAUACGGGCAUGUCCUCCAUGGCCAGGAACGAGAGGCGAUCGCCGCGUAAUGUCCAGGCAUCCCAGCACGUUGCCGCCGAAGCGCCCCGAGCGACUAACAACGUGUCCAACUCAAAUCCGUCGACCCCAGCAGGCAGGAACCUCAACAUAAACGUGCAAAGCGCCAACCAUGGGGACCACGACGACAUUUACGACUCGACGCCGCGAAGACCCAUAGAGCCCCUGAAGCCGACAAUAACAGGUGACAGUCAAGUCAGCGCCGGGUCAAACGAGGAGCGGCAGGCACUCCAGGCAAGACGUGAAGCCGAGGCCGCGGGCGCCAGCGCCGACCAGGCCAAAACGACACUCGCCCGGGACAAGAGCACGCGGGCGGAGCUCGAGGACACGGAGGACGAGCGCAAGCGGUCGAUCCGGCUCGAGGCGCAGGAGGAGAAGAUAUUGUACGACCCGGACGAGGAUUACGCGCUGGUCACGGACGGGGACGCGGCGCGCAAAGACCCCGACGCGCCGCUCAUGAGCGCGACAAGCUACCCCGGCAUGGAGUGGAAUCCGUACAUGGCGGGGGGCUACGAUGACCUGGACGAGCCAGCUCACAAGUGA